AUGUGACCAAUCUCGGAAGUAAACGCCAUGUUGAUGAGAGUAAAUUGACAAAAAUAACCACUCCUUUAAUAAAAUCCGGUUUUCUACUUUUCUGUUACGAUUAAAGUCAAUUCAUUUGACUUUUAUCUUUAUCCAUGACGACAGGAAACACAUUGCAGAAAGCUAUUGACUUGGUUUCUAAAGCAACAGAAGAAGACAAGAACAAAAACUAUGAAGAAGCUUUGAGACUGUAUGAGCAUGGUGUGGAAUACUUCCUCCAUGCUAUUAAAUAUGAAGCACAAAGUGAAAAGGCGAAGGAGAGCAUUCGACAGAAAUGCAUCCAAUAUCUCGAUCGAGCGGAAAAGCUCAAACAGUAUGUAAAAAAGGGAGAAAAGAAAAAGCUAGUUAUGGAUGGAGAAACUUCAAGUGGUAAAAAGGAAAGUAAAAAUGACAGUUCAAGUGAUGAAGACUCGGAUAUAGAUCCAGAAAAGAAGAAAUUUCAAGCGCAGCUAUCAGGUGCUAUUGUAAUGGAGCGGCCAAACAUUAGUUGGGAGGACGUUGCGGGUUUGGAGGGAGCGAAGGAAGCUCUAAAAGAAGCUGUCAUUCUUCCCGUCAAAUUCCCACAUCUCUUCACAGGGAACAGAAAACCAUGGAGAGGAAUUUUGUUGUUUGGUCCGCCUGGUACUGGCAAAUCAUACUUGGCUAAAGCCGUUGCAACAGAGGCCAACAACUCCACAUUCUUUUCAGUGUCCUCCUCAGAUUUGGUUUCUAAGUGGUUAGGAGAAAGUGAGAAAUUGGUGAAGAACCUGUUUGAGCUGGCUCGUCAGAACAGACCUAGCAUCAUCUUCAUUGAUGAGGUAGACGCCCUGUGUGGUUCUCGAAGUGAAAACGAGUCUGAGUCGGCUCGGCGCAUUAAGACGGAGUUUCUCGUCCAGAUGCAGGGUGUGGGAACCAACAAUGAGGGUGUGCUCGUACUAGGAGCCACAAAUAUACCCUGGACCCUGGACUCGGCCAUUAGAAGAAGGUUUGAAAAGCGUAUCUAUAUCCCACUGCCGGAAGCUAAUGCCAGAACAGAAAUUUUUAAGAUACAUCUAGGAACUACACCACACCAGCUGAAUGACGACGAUUUCCGCGAUCUCGGCAAGCGGACAGAGGGUUUUUCUGGAGCUGAUAUUAGUGUCGUGGUGAGAGAUGCCCUCAUGCAGCCAGUCAGGAAAGUUCAGACAGCUACUCACUUUAGAAAAGUCCGAGGCCCUUCCCGAUCCGACCCGUCAGUGAUUUGUGAUGACCUUUUGACCCCAUGUUCCCCUGGUGCCCCUGGAGCCAUUGAGAUGAACUGGAUGCUGGUCCCCGGAGACAAGUUACUCGAACCUAUUGUUUCUAUGAGUGAUAUGCUGAUGUCUCUUGCCACCACCAAGCCUACAGUGAAUGAUGAAGACUUGAAAAAGCUCACAAAGUUUAUGGAUGAUUUCGGACAGGAAGGAUAACUCUAGGAAGUCACAAAUGACAUUGUUACAAUGUAAAAUAUUACAUUUCAACAUAAAAAACCAUGUGAUUCAACCCAGACACUAAAACGGCAUCUGUAACCACCUGGUUCCUUUGUUGAAUGUCAUUUUUAUUUCAUCUCUUUAUAUCAAAUGUUUUAUAGAACAAGUCGUAACAACUCAUUAUUAAACGAAAGCAAUGGUUGUGCAUGUUUUAGAAGAAGAUGUCUUCAUUGGCAGGGUUCAUACAGAUUUGAAAAGUGCUUGAAUUUGAGAGAUUGUGAGGAAACGCCCUUUGGUUUGUGACUACCAUAAAAAGUGCAUGAAUUUGAGAAAAAUCAUCUGGAAAUGUGCUUGAAUUGCAUAUUUCCAGUGACAAAUAUUAAAAUUUACCUUCCUUACGUUUAUUUUCUCCUACUUUAAAAAUUUGUGAGCUGGUAUUGAUAUUUUUUUACUAGUCGGCCUAAUUUUUUCACAAACUAUUGAAAAUUGCUGGAUACACUGUUACAAAUACUAAUGAAAAUGUAUGAGACUAAGUGUUACCGAGAAUGCGAAAGCCUGUGAAAACUAAUUUUACAGUGAAAAGUUCUUGAAAUUUGCCUUCCAAAUUGUGUAUGAACCUUGAUUGCAGAUCCAUCAAAACCAACAUGAUACCCCCCAUAUCUAUGUCAUUGCAUAAAAUGUUUGUAGUUUUCAUAAGGUUUUCUUCAUUGAAUGUUUUAAUACCUUUUUAACAAGAAUAUUUGGCAGCCAGCAAAAAUAAAUUAUUUAAAUAAAUAUUUCAGAUUAUAAAUUGUGUAGUUAAUAUUAGAUAUGGCCAUUCCGAUAUGAUAAGGUAUGGCUCAAGGUCUAGAGUGACAUAAUUUUGAACAAAAGUUAAACAAAUAAUUGAAUAUUUCACGUGAUGUGUUUUAUAUAUGCUGUAAUAUAUAAUUAUUAUUGUUAUAUGUAAUAUUAUUGUAAUAAAUACUAUAGUAAACAGUUUGUAUAUAGUUUGUGUGCCAGAGGGGUUUUAUUUUAGUGUGUGUGUGAUGUAAUAAGAUGUUUUUUUCUUCUAAUUCCUGUAAAUAUUUCAUUAUGGAUUCCUCUUCGUGUACAUAGUAAUUAAAAUGUUGAGAUGGGG